CGGAGCGGCAUCGCGCAAGGGCCGGGCCCCGCUGGGGACGGAGGGCGCCAGCAUGGCUCUGGAUUUCCUCGCUGGAUGCGUCGGAGGUGCUGCAGGAGUACUGGUAGGACACCCAUUUGACACUGUUAAGAUGACAGAUAAGCCUCAUCACGGGAGAGUUAACUAGUUCGUCUGCAAGUUCAAAAUGUAGAGAAACCUCUCUACCGUGGGACCUUCCAUUGCUUUCAAUCCAUCAUAAAACAAGAAUCUGCUUUUGGACUCUAUAAAGGUAUUGGGUCACCAAUGAUGGGACUCACCUUCAUUAACGCGCUUGUGUUCGGUGUACAAGGAAACACACUUCGUGCUCUUGGAAAAGACACUCCUCUAAACCAGUUCCUUGCAGGGUCAGCAGCAGGGGCUAUCCAGUGCGUCAUCUGCUGUCCCAUGGAGUUGGCAAAGACAAGAAUGCAGCUUCAAGGAACAGGCGAAUAUAAACUAAAAACAAAGAACUACAAAAAUUCUCUGGAUUGUUUGAUCAAAAUCUAUCAAAAGGAAGGGCUAAGGGGUAUCAACAGGGGCAUGGUCUCUACAUUCAUAAGAGAGACUCCAAGCUUUGGCUUUUACUUCCUGACCUAUGACUUAAUGACCAGGUAUUUAGGCUGUGAAGCUGAAGACAGUUAUGUUAUUCCAAAACUGCUGUUUUCUGGAGGGAUAUCAGGAAUAGUAUCCUGGCUCUCAACCUAUCCCAUGGAUGUGAUCAAAUCCCGGCUUCAGGCUGAUGGAGUUGGAGGCGUUACACAAUACAAUGGCAUUUUAGACUGUGUCAGAAAGAGUUACCACGAAGAAGGCUGGAGGGUGUUCACAAGAGGUCUUACUUCCACACUUCUCCGUGCUUUUCCUGUCAACGCAGCUACCUUUGCUACUGUCACUGUGUUCCUAAUGUAUAUGAGGUCAGAAGACAAUCUUCGUGAAUGUGAACCAGGUCCAGUAAUCCAGCAGCCUUCCAGUUUGUGAACCUUAUCUGUUUGUUCUCUUCAUCCAAAGCCUGGCUACUUGGGAUUUUUGAGUUUUAACACGACCCACACAAGUGGUGUGAACGUAUACUAUCUGUAUAAAGAAUUCCUAAAUGUGUCAAGUCAGGAUUUAAUCUCAUUACUUGUAUAAAGUACAUACUGCCUUACUAAGGACUUCAUAUCUAGUAGUAUGCAAGUAAGAUGGGAACCUGCCUUUAGAAAGUCCUGUACAGUCACUGUUGCAGCUCCAGAUUUGGAUCUGAAGAAUGUUGUAGUACCAGAAGUCAGGUUUUCUUCCACUCAUGUUCUGAAUGAGUUGAAUGCAGAAAUGUUUUCAGAAAAUAAAUGCUGGUUUUUGUAUGUAACAGGAAGAAGUAUAGUUCUCUAAGGUGAAGUGUGGGGAGAAAUGAAAUGUUGGAGGCAUUUUGCAGGUAACCCUGAACUGUUUAAGACAUGAACUAGCAUUCAGCUAGCCAUGUUUUACUUUUCUUCUGCCUUUAUAUGUCAGUAUUUUAGUAGCAACUUUGUUCAUACUGGUUUGCUAAAAAAAAAAAAAAGGCAAAAAAGUUAUUUGUUCCUAAGGCACUCCCUUACCUUUCAGCUUUGAAUAAGUAUCUUAAGCACAAAGUUAUCAUCUGCAAUCAUAUGCACUUGUUCCUUUAAUUCUCAAGGCUUGUAAGGGUUUAGGGAAACUCAAAUCUAGCAACACUGAUGUUGUUUGCCUUCACCUCUAUUUCUUGUUUGGCAGUGCACGGAUUCCAUUGCCACAGAUUCAGCCCAAGUAGACUUUGUUCUCCAAAGUUAAUGCAACUUUGCCCCCUUCUCCCAAUAUGCCCCAUAGCAGCCAGUGAUGUACAGAAAUCAAAGUCCUACCCGUGGUAUUGCACAAACGUUUGUGGAUGCAAUGUUAGCUUAGCAGCUUGAUGUACAGCAGAAAUAUGUACAUGUUUAGAACUGGCAGUUUUAUACCUUCCCAGAAAAUAGGGGUGUAAGCACCCGAAAUGGCUGAUGUUCAAUACACUUGUAUUCUGAAUUUAAACAACACUGAUUUUUAUGUGUUUAGUUACAGUGCUACUGGAUAGAAGCCUGAAUAGAAUUUGGAGAAUUUUCUUGUUAAUCUGCUGUAAUUUCUUUUUCUUUAGCAGUCUGCUCAAGAGGGACUGUAUUAGUUCAAAGAUCCAUAAACACUUAUUUAAGAUUUAAACUACACGUAUUUAGCACAAAUAGUCAGGAGGAAGGAGUGCAUGUGUGUGAGGAAUGUUCUGAAACAUAAACUAGUUCAGUAAGUAUAACUUGUUACCCUUUUGGUUGGGACAAGUGCAAUAUGUGUUUAAUUUAUGUGAAUUUUCUAAAGAAACCUUAUUUCAUAGCUUUUUGCACUGUAACAAAAUAUGCUGGAGAAACCUGUAAAACUGGUAUGUCUUUUUAUACCUUGGAGGUAUGUUGGAUGUUUUAGUGCCUACUUGCACUGAGAUUCAAAUUGAAUGUUAAAUCUGUCUACUAAGCUGCAUAUGCACAACAACUCACAACAAAGACCAUUUACACCUUUGUACUGUA